GUUUGCAAGGUGUUUCACACCCUAAUGUCAUUGCAGUCCUUGCAACAGCCCUGUCAGUGGCCACCAAUGUCCCCAUUCCACAGGCGAGCACGCGGAGCCUCCGCAAAGGAGCCUGCUGUUCCCUAGUCAACGCAGCUGCUCCUGGAUUAGAACUUGCAUCCCUGAGGCGACUCCGGGCUCCUCCCCGGCCGCCCCUCCUCCACGCUGCCUCUGGCUGUGCUGGCCAGGAGCCUCACCGAGGCCACAGAGCUCGGCUUGGCUCCGGCCUCGUUCCUCCUCUGCUGUGGGUCUUGGGCACGUGGAGCCAGGCUCCCACGGUGGCGGCGCCGCUGACUGUGGGCACAGCCCCCCGAACCCUGAGCAGGCACCAUGGACUGGAAGAAGCUCCAAGACCUAUUGAGCGGCGUGAACCAGUACUCCACGGCAUUCGGGCGCAUCUGGCUGUCAGUAGUGUUCGUCUUCCGGGUGCUGGUGUAUGUGGUGGCUGCCGAGCGUGUGUGGGGUGACGAGCAAAAAGACUUUGACUGUAACACCAGGCAACCCGGCUGUACCAACGUGUGCUAUGACAACUUCUUCCCCAUCUCCAACAUCCGACUCUGGGCCCUGCAGCUCAUCUUCGUCACGUGUCCGUCUAUGCUGGUCAUCCUGCAUGUAGCCUACCGUGAGGAGCGGGAACGGAAGCAUCGCCAGAAGCACGGGGAGCAGUGCGCCAAACUGUACAGCCACCCGGGCAAGAAACACGGCGGCCUGUGGUGGACCUACUUGUUUAGCCUCAUCUUCAAGCUCAUCAUCGAAUUGGUCUUCCUGUACGUUCUCCACACGCUCUGGCAUGGCUUCACCAUGCCGCGUCUGGUACAGUGCACCAGUAUAGUACCCUGCCCCAACACCGUGGAUUGCUACAUCGCUCGGCCCACGGAGAAGAAGGUCUUUACCUACUUCAUGGUAGGCGCUUCUGCCGUCUGCAUUAUUCUCACCAUCUGUGAGAUCUGCUACCUCAUCUUCCACAGGAUCAUGCGAGGCAUAAGCAAGGGCAAGUCCACAAAGAGCAUCAGCUCCCCGAAGUCCUCCAGCCGGGCCUCCACCUGUCGCUGUCACCACAAGCUGCUGGAGAGUGGCGAUCCGGAAGCAGAGCCAGCCAAUGAAAAGCUGCAGGCUUCAGCACCCAGCCUGACCCCCAUUUGAACCAGGUGCUAGAGAAGGGGUGAGCCGGGAGGUGCUGAAGGUGAAGGGGUCCUGGGGGCUCUGAGUGCCCCCACUUUGAAUUCACUAAGCUAGCCAAUUGUGUUUGAAGCAGAUAUUUGUGGGUGCUGGGCUCCAUGCCGGCUACCUGGUUUAGGUAGCAUAACAGACCCAGCUUCAGAGAGACAUUUAGAUGAGCAAAUUUACUACAUGCAUGCAAGGGUUUACUAGCGCUGGGAUGGUACACAGGGUUUCUACCUACCGCAGGGGACUGCCGGGCUGGGCACCCUCUCAGAAAAGCACAGUGAAAGAAAGGAGAUGGGGCUCUCCAUCAGACAUAGCAACAGCAAAAAGAACUGGGGAAUCUCAGAGGAGAGGCGCUGACUUUAGACUGGGGACAGCCAGCCAGAGGGAGGCUUUACUACUCAACCAUGAAAAGGCUUGGCACAACCUUCUCGAGGCCAAAGAGCAAGUGUGGGUAGCAGGUCUACUGCUGCUUGAGACACACCCACAGGCCCCGCUGGAUCCCCCUUCGCCAACCUCCACCUUCUCCCUCCCACCAGGGUGCUGUGCCCACUGCACCCUGUAGCCAGGACCUUGGUGGCAUGCGUAUCCUGCCAUAUCCCCGGCAUAUAUCCUUGACAUAUCCAAAGUCCGUUUCCUUAAAAGCAAUAAAGUUGUGUUUUAUACAA